ACUACUUCUUUUUUUAAAGAAGGAAAUGAUGAGAUGACAUUAAAACAACUUAGGCUUGCCAAGUUGUCUGACUAUGUGCUUAUGAUGAAAGAGGACGAAAUUCCUGAGUGGUUUGAAGAGUCAAGAAUUGUGCAGAACACUGUUUGCAUGGAACAAGCUUCACACACUUAAUCUGAUGAACGAUCCAAAUAAACGCUCCCACUGACUUGGAGAGAGGAUGAAUACUUUAUGGCAUGAAACGUCUUGGAUUCCUGCUUGGGACACUUGGUGGCACUACAGAGAAGGUGUAAUAGGAGGUCCAAGUCACUGGGGACAAACAAUGUUUAUGGCUAUCGCUAGUGAUAUCUGGCAACCUUGUUAUCAGGGCAAAAUGCAAUCACCAAUCAGUAUUUCAACGGAACACUUGGUUUUUGAUUCAAAUCUGAAGCCUCUGAAAAUAUUAGGUUCAGAUAAACAGAUUGAUGUGGAAAUAGUGAAUACUGGUCAAGAUUUACAGGUGAAAAUUCUUGAUUCAACAACAUCAGUUAUAUUCAGUGAAGGUCCAUUAGUGUAUGAUUAUAAACUUUUUGGUGCGCUCAUAAAGUUUGGUUCAAGAUCAGAUCGUGGUUCAGAUCAUCAAAUAAAUGGUGUUGCUUUUCCAGCUGAGUUACAGCUGUAUGCAUUCAACUUUGUCUUAUAUCCAAAUUAUUCUACAGCACUUUCCAAACCGAAUGGAUUAGCUGCAGUUUCGAUAUUUUUGAAGGUUGGUGAUCAGUCAUCAGCUGAUUUAACAGCUUUAUUAUCCACAACAGAACAAGUUCAACUGAAAGGACAAUUCAAGAGAUUGCAUGGCUUAAUAUUGGACGCCAUUAUACCACCUGUUUUUCAUUAUAUGACUUAUCAAGGUUCCUUACCUUUUCCUGCCUGUCAUGAAACAGUCACAUGGAUCUUGCUGAAUCAUCCUAUUGUAAUCACAGAUACUCAGUUAAAAUCACUUCGUCAACUUCGAAUUGCUCAAUUUCGAGGAUCUGGUAGCAUGGCGGAUAACUAUCGAACUAUUCAAAAACUUAACAAUCGUUCAGUUCGUACCAACAUUGACUUUGUACAGUCUCAACCUUACUGUUCAGUGCAGCCUAGAAUAUCUUAUACGGAAAAAAUGAAAACUUUUUCCUGAAUAACAUUUUGCCAACAAUAUGCUUAUAAAUACUUUUCUAUAUAUUUUUUUCAUAUGGAAAUGAAUUUGACGAAUAUUAUUUCAAUAUGAUUUGAACAAUAAUGUUAACCCUAACACUACAUUAUGGUCAAUAACAGCAUUAUUACCUUAAUGAUUAGUCAAGAUCAAGAAAGAAUAUCUUGAAAAAUUAUGAUUAUCUGAUUAUAUCAUAGAAUAUGUAUUAUAACUGUAUGUUCAGUUUAUACUUAUCAAUUUCCGAAUCCUUUCAUAUAUAAAAAUUUCUUGCCAAUAAAAAAAAGCUUUUUACAAUUUUUAUUAUGUCACUUUUCAAGAUUUAAAUAUGUUUCUCUGUACAAUGAAUGGUCAUGAUUCAGUUUGGUACAAAAAAAGCAUACUUCUGCACAGAAUCAGAUAUGUACACACAAUAUCUUGAUUAUCUACCUCUUGCCCAAUGUUAGCUAUAAAUGUAUGCCAAGGAGUUUAUACAAAUC